AUGUUGACUGUCCAUAAAAUGCAUUUUAGCAUCUUCCUGCUGUUAUGGGGAUGGGUUUUAUACACUGAAUGCAGAGCCCACCGACAAGGAAAAGAAAUACAUGAGGUAUACAAAAAAGGCAGCCCCAUCCUAAAACGAAGCCCUGACAUCACCAAAUCUCCCCUGACAAAGUCAGAGCAGCUGCUGCGAAUAGAUGACCAUGACUUCAGCAUGAGACCGGGUUUUGGAGGCCCUGCAAUUCCUGUUGGGGUGGAUGUCCAAGUUGAAAGUCUGGACAGCAUUUCUGAGGUGGACAUGGACUUCACCAUGACCCUUUAUCUGAGGCACUACUGGAAAGACGAGAGGCUGUCCUUCCCCAGCACCAACAACCAAAGCAUGACCUUCGAUGGCAGGCUGGUGAAGAAGAUCUGGGUCCCGGACAUGUUCUUUGUCCACUCCAAGCGCUCCUUCAUCCAUGACACCACCACGGACAAUGUCAUGCUGCGGGUCCAGCCAGAUGGGAAGGUACUUUAUAGCCUCAGAGUUACAGUAACGGCAAUGUGCAACAUGGAUUUCAGUCGCUUUCCCCUGGACACGCAGACGUGCUCCCUGGAGAUUGAAAGCUAUGCCUACACUGAAGACGACCUCAUGCUCUACUGGAAGAACGGGAAUGAUUCCCUAAAAACAGAUGAGAGGAUAUCGCUCUCCCAGUUCCUCAUCCAGGAGUUUCACACCACCACAAAGCUUGCCUUUUACAGCAGCACAGGUUGGUACAAUCGCCUCUACAUAAACUUCACUUUACGUCGACACAUCUUCUUCUUCUUGCUCCAAACUUACUUCCCUGCCACCCUCAUGGUCAUGUUGUCCUGGGUGUCCUUCUGGAUUGAUCGCCGAGCAGUUCCUGCCAGAGUCCCUUUAGGGAUAACCACCGUGCUGACCAUGUCUACGAUCAUCACUGGGGUGAACGCCUCCAUGCCCCGUGUUUCCUACAUCAAAGCAGUGGACAUUUACCUGUGGGUCAGUUUUGUGUUUGUCUUCCUCUCGGUGCUGGAAUACGCGGCAGUGAAUUACCUGACUACGGUGCAAGAGCGGAAGGAGAGGAAACUCCGGGACAAGCUUCCCUGUGCGUGCAGCCUACCUCAGCCUCGGCCCAUGAUGAUGGACGGCAGUUACAACGACGGGGAUGUGAACGAACUGGGGCACUACGUGGCCGAGAACGGAGACAAACAAGACCGAAUGAUGGUGCAGCUGGCGCUGGGCUCUGAGAGGGGCUCAGGCAGGAGGAAAAACCCGAGAUACGUCAGCAUGCGGAUCGACACUCAUGCCAUCGACAAGUACUCCAGGAUAAUAUUCCCUGGGGCAUACAUUCUCUUUAAUUUGAUAUACUGGUCCAUUUUUUCAUAA